AUGUUUAUUCAUUUUGUUACAGGGUUGACAGCCUUCGAUUUUAUUUCUGAUUUUGAGGAGUGGAUUGAAUGCGGUUACUUUAACGAAGAAAUCAAAGCUCGAUUAAAAGGUAAACACCUUGGAUGCUCGAAUGUUUGAGUUUGGAGAAAACGAUAGCCAAACUUUCUCUACACUCGUGAUUUUCUUUUUUUUAGUUUUAAAUGCUCAUUAUUGAGUUUCCCAGGUGGCCGGACAGCAAACGGAACAAAGACAAGAAAGGUGUUAUGUAGCAGCUGCUCGCGCGGAAGAGAAGUCACCAAUGGUGCCUAACCCUAACCCUAAACAAUACUAAGACCCUGUUUACAUGGAGUGGGGGAUCCCGGUCUAGUGGGGUAAGUUUCUUUUGUUUUGUGUCCCCCAGAGCGUGAAAACAAAAGAAACCAACCCUACAAGACCGGGGUCCCCCACUCCAUGUAAACAGGGUCUAAAACAAUUGAAAGAAUGACAUGUCAUUGUUUCCUUGCGACCAAUCAGGAGAGACCUUACGAGCAGCUCCUACACAACUUCAAGAAAGAGUUUGAGGAAUCUCAAUUUCUUUUUUUGAAGUGCUUUCGCUCAGCGUCUUUGCAAAUUAAUUGGAACAAAAGAAAGCGUCUACAACUCCCACAAAACGGGUUGUGUUUCAUAUACCGGAAUUUGAAAUAGUUAAUAAGUAACAAAGCAUAGAUAACAUUAACAACAGAUGUCGGUGUAUGACAGUGGAUAAAGAACGGAGCAUCAAUAACAAAGAAAUUAAAAACAAUAGAUUCUGGUACAUGAACGUCUAACCCACAAGAUUGGCUUGGAACACCAACAUCGCCACCGUUUGACUCUCAUUAUAUUGAAACACAAAUAUGCCCGCCCGUUACAUCAUGUGAAAGCGCUGUAUGCAGCGAAUUUAGUUAACUAACUGAGUUUUUUCAACUUUCUUAGUCGACAACUACUAAAACGAGAAAACAUCACGGUUUUUUUUUUAUUAUUUCUUUUAGCCUACAGUCUCAAACAUGCUAGAGACCUGGUACGAGCCAUAACCAAGAAAGUAAAGAACCAGCUCCCAGCUUCUACGUCACAGAGAUCCCAGCCUGCUUUGCCAGGAAUC